AUGACCACCUCGAAUAAUACAAGGGGAAGACCGGCCGCUAUCGAAGGCACCCAUGAAGAACCUGGAAGCAGAGGUAUAUAUACCGCGAUGAUGAAGGUUGUCCUUACAUCGGUGUCUUUUACUGAAAUCUUUAUCGUCUCAGACACUCAGGUCCAGCCUUCCUCGCAAUCCCAUCAUGACGAGGCUCACUCAGACGAGAUAAGAGAACUCGCCUCCAUCCUCGACCGAAGAAACGCUGAGCUGGCCCGGGACGCUGUAUCGUACCAAGUCGACGUCCGAUCCCGCAAUAAGCAGGCUUACCCAGAGGAGAUUGAGCCCAUUGAGGCCCAUUAUGACAACAAUCAUAACUUCAAUUUCGAACCGGAAGAAUUGUACAGGGUAUGGCACCGCACCAACACCGAGCUGCAUCUGAGCACGUUCCUGGUGGUCGAUAUCAGUGGCACCGUUAUGAAGUGUCUUAAAAUAGUACAGCGCGAGCCCGCGGCCAUCGAUCAGAAGUUCUGGAGGACCCACAGGAAGCUUAAGCCAGAGAUGGAUACUGGUUCACAUAGGCUUCGCUCGGCAAGCCGCCCGCGCUCAAAGCAGCAAGAGGAAGGCCAGUCGGGAGAUGAAGAGUCUGAGGAGCUCAUGGUCUUCAUGAAGAACUCACAACGACUGCGAGAGGAUUGUUGGGUCGACUUAAGGACUCCUUGGAGCAUCGACUGGCAGAAAGAAUACCGUUUCGUUUAUUGUGGAUGCCUUCAUGAGGAAUCGUUUCGCAAAGCCGUGACGAUGCACCUCAAAGACUACAACAAAAUGAAGAAUCGUAUAUCGGAAUAG